AUGGCAGAACGUGCACAAGAAACUGAGACCGCUGCCACCAACAAUAUUAUAACGGAAGCCGAACAAAUGUCCACCUCCCCCCGCGAGUCGCUUACUGGUGGCAGUUCUCAACAAGAAUCGCCUGAUCUACCGCCUCACCUUCGAAAUUCUGUUACGAGGGUUCCCGUAACUCCGGGUAUUCAAUCCUCGACUUAUCUAUCCAAAACGAGCAGCGACUCUGUCAAGGCCGCGAACCAAGGUUACUUCACACGGGAUCCUGCCAACCAGAGCAGCGGUGUGUCACAACCGCCUCCGACAAACUCCCAUUCAAGCGAAUCUUCUCCGACGAAUUUAGUAAAAGGUGCUACUUCAGACCACGAAGUCUUACGGCGGAUGAGUAUCUCGACUAAGGGGCGAAGAGAGUCUAUUUCGGAAAUUCGAGCUGCUGCCCCUGACUUAGCUCUCAGCGGUAACAUUAUCUCGGUUACUUUUACAACACCUUACUCUCUUAAAUACCUUAAGAAUGGCGAAUGGGAAUUGGAUCAUCGUCGCGGCCAAUCUGCCCUUUUCGACUCCUUCUCCUACCUGUCGUCCGAUGAAGCGCCUUGGAAUCAUACUGUAGUUGCAUGGACGGGCGAGAUUGAAUCACCUUCCGAAUCCUUGUCAUCCGUAUCGGAGGCAAUCCCCGAUACGACUACUAAUAUUCCGAGUCUGAGCCAUCUUUCUGCUCCUAUACCAUUAGAUGGAGAAACGCCGCCAACACCCCCUGAGGUUGACGGCUUAUGGAUUACGCGCGAAAGCCAAUUGAAGCUAGAACAGCAGUUAUCCCAUGAUAGGCGCAUCAAAGCAAUUCCCGUGUGGCUCGCCGACGAUAACGAGACGACUGACGAGGGUAUUACAUUAAACAACCAAGGGCGAUGGCGGCGGUAUGCUGAACACACGCUAUAUCCCUUAUUCCACUACAAGCAACACGAACCUAACGAUGGCCGCGCGGAACGGAUCGAAUGGGCCGACUACUUCCGUACCAAUUUGAAAUUUGCUGAUAAGAUUAUUGAGGCCUAUAAACCCGGGGAUAUCGUCGUCAUUCAUGACUAUUAUCUACUAUUACUUCCUAGCAUGUUGCGGCAAAGAAUACCGAACAUGUACAUCACAUUCUUCCUUCACUGUCCGUUCCCUAGUAGCGAGUUUUUAAGAUGCCUACCGCGGAGAAAGGAGGUUCUCGAAGGCAUGCUUGGCGCCAACCUGGUCGGUUUCCAAUCGUACAGCUACUCGCGCCACUUUGCGAGCUGUUGUACCCGUAUCCUUGACUUCCCUUCGGAUUCUGUUGGUGUAGAUGCUUACGGGUCCCGGGUUGAAGUCGGCGUCUUCCCAAUCGGUAUUGACGUAACCAAGGUAGAGCAGUUGGCUUGGUCUAAAGAAGUUUCGGAUAUGUACAAGGCUCUAAAGGAUCUCUACAAGGACAAGCAAAUCAUCGUAGGGCGUGAUCGACUAGAUAGUGUCCGCGGUGUGGCCCAAAAGCUUAUGGCAUUCGAAAGAUUCCUUGAGCUUUAUCCUGAUUGGAGAGAGAAGGUGGUUCUAGUACAGGUUACAUCCCCAAACACAAUUGAAGAAGGGGGAGAUGAACCGGAGAAUAAGAUAGCCAGUAGAGUCAACGAGCUGGUCAUGAGGAUUAAUGGCACGUAUGGAAGCCUGGGAUUUUCACCGGUGCAGCACUAUCCGCAAUACUUGUCACCGGAGGAAUAUUUCGCAUUGAUGAGAGCAGCAGACAUCGGCCUUAUCACCUCGGUCCGAGACGGCAUGAACACUACCAGUUUGGAAUAUGUCGUUUGCCAGCGUGAUACACAUGGUCCGUUAAUCCUAUCGGAGUUCAGCGGUACUGCAGGUAGCCUACGCGACGCCAUACAUAUCAACCCUUGGGAUCUUACCGAUGUUGCCCACCAAAUUCAUAACGCUCUCACCAUGUCCGCCGAAAAGCGCAUGGCGAUGCAAUCGAGCCUCUACCGCCACGUUACGACUCAGAACGUUCAAGUUUGGAUCACAAAAUUCCUACGCAAGCUCGUCGGCACGCUGGCGUCAACUAAGAACCAGAAUGUCACGCCGUUGUUGGACCGCACACUAAUGUUGAAGCAGUACCGCCAGGCCAAUAAGCGUCUAUUUAUGUUCGACUAUGAUGGUACACUUACCCCAAUUGUUAGGGAUCCCCAGGCUGCUGUUCCUUCGGAGCGCGUUAUUCAAACCUUGAAGGCCCUUGCAGCAGACCACCACAAUGCUGUCUGGAUUAUUUCAGGCAGAGACCAGGAUUUCCUGCAGCAGCAUCUAGGUCAUAUUCCAGAACUGGGUUUCAGUGCGGAACAUGGAAGCUUUAUCAGACACCCUGGCAGCACGUCUUGGGAGAACCUGGCAGAGAAGUUGGACAUGGGCUGGCAGACAGACGUGGUCGAAGUCUUCCAAAAGUACACCGAUCGCGUGCCCGGCUCAUUCAUCGAGCGUAAACGAUGCGCGUUGACUUGGCAUUAUCGCCAGGCCGAUCCCGAACAGGGCGUCCAUGCCUCUCUAGCACUACAUAAGGAACUUGAGUCGACCGUGGUCAAGAAGUGGGAGGUCGAUGUAAUGAAAGGCAAGGCUAACCUUGAAGUACGACCUACUUUCAUCAACAAAGGCGAGAUCGCCAAACGCCUGGUUAAUGACUAUAAUUCCGAUAUUGCACACAUAGCCCCUGGGCAGCAAAACGACAAGGGCAAAGAAGGAAAGUUAGAAUUCGUCUUGUGUAUGGGUGACGAUUUCACCGACGAAGACAUGUUCAGGGCUUUGAACGGUCUUAGUGGCACACAAGUCGAUAGGAGCCACGUCUUCACAGUUACCGUCGGUGCCAGUACAAAGGUCACAUUGGCUAAGUGGCACAUGCUGGAGCCCGAGGAUGUUGUGGAGUCGAUAGCUCUCCUCGCCGGAGUUGGACUGAGUGGCGAGGCGCACGAGCAACUGAGCCAAGUUAACCUUGCUACCGUUGCCGGACUCGAGGGUCGAGUACCUGAAUGA